UUGUACUAGCUUUUAAAAGUACUUUUACGUUAUUUAAUGACUUUUUUGUGUUAAUUACAUUAAAUAGUCGCUAAAUGUUUUAUUUGUGACCUUCAUCCUUCAUUGGCAUUUUGAUUCAACCAGCUGUCAGUUUAGUGAAGUAAAGUGAAUGAACAGAAAGAAAACAUAACCAAUUCUUCUACAAAAAGAUGAUUGUAAACACAAGCUGAGGUCCGUAAUAAAAUUAAAAUGAGGACCGUAGAUCACCAUUUGCUGGAGGAUAAGAUGGAAGAAGCCGUAACUCAUUAUAUUAACAGCCACUCCCACGAACAAGUCCAUGUAGAUGGCAAUGGCUUGGGUCUGAACAUCCAGGAGGAGGGCAGCAGUCGCGUCGUCACCCUCAUGCACUCGCAGUCAUUCUCCUCACAAAUGUGCAGACAGGUGUCAGGGAGCGAGGUGGGCGCGGGGUGGGGCGAGGAGGACCCCGAGCUGCGCAUCGCGGCGCUGGCGGCGCACCUCGCGCAGCACUCGCGUCUGCACCAGCCUGCGCAUGUCAAGAUACCCACCUCUAGGAGUGAACUGGAAUCCUCGGUGAUGCUGGAAAGACUUGCCUUCAACGGACAGACCCUGGAGCACCAAUCAGAGCCGAUCCUGGUGGAGGUCCCGUCGCUCCCCCCGCUCCCCCCGCUGCCCCCCCUGCAGGGGAUCAAGCGUUGCGAGCCGGACUGGUACAAGACUAAGGCACAGCUCAAGGACGACUCCCUCUCCCUAGCUGAGGAAAGCCCCCCCGAGGCGGCGGCGUCCCCGCGGCGCCAGCACAGCCGCAAGAGCCUGCCGCACAAGAAGCGCAUCUCGCGCCGCCUGCGCCGCCCGCACGCCACUCGCAGGCCACAGGACAUAGUGGUGAUAAACUGCGCGGAGGGCGUCCCACAGGACGAGGAGAUCUUGCCCGACAGCUUCGUGACAGAACCUGCUUUACCCCCUCACCACCAUACUGAGCUGCGUCCCGUGUACAUCUGCCAGCUGUGCGGCGCGUACUACGCGGAGGAACAACUGCGGUUCUAUCAGCACCUGCGAGCUCACUACGAGCCGCCCGCCGGCAUCGAGCAGGCCGACCUCGCCAUAGACAAGAUGACCAACACAUGCAUAGUGGACAACGCCGCCAACCUCCCCGACUCAAUAGUGGAACUGUCCCUCGAAAACACCAUGCCCAAGACCACCAUGUACCAGACCAUAGACAAACAUAUCCUCUACACGACCAGCGAUAAAACGCUCAAUUACUCGACUAAUAAGGUGCUAUAUUCCAUGGCUAGCAUGGAUAAACCUGGUGAUAAAGAAGACAUGUAUGAGGAGGAAGAGAGGAUAGAGUUCUACAACUGCAGUCGGUGUAAUAAGACGUUUAGGAAGCAGAAGCAUUGCGAAGCGCAUAUAAGGGAGGCGCAUUCGAAGGUAGACGAGAUGAACGAGUUCAGCGAGCCCGAAGACCUGAUGGAGGGCAUCCACGUGGCGGUGGAGGGCGCGGCGCAGUACUCGCCGCCGCUGCCGCCGCUCGAGCCCCCGCCCGCCGACCACAUCUACAGGUACACGAGUCGUCUGUCGCCGCCGCCGAGCCUGGCGUGCGCCGCGUGCCCGCUCACCUACACCCGGGAGGACCAGGAGCCGCAACAGCUUAAAGAGGAAGUGUUCCAGCGCAUGUUCGAUAGCGAGAUCGACAGCCAGGGCUACCCCGGCGCCAUCAUCCACGAGGCUGAAGAGCUGAGCCAGGAGCCGGUUCAGGAGCCGGUGGAAAAUCAGGAGUUUGAGAAGAGUCAGGAUGUGGAGCCGAGUGGUGACCCCGACGGGAACAAGACUGACAUGACCCUCCUAAGCCCGCGCAAGAAGGGCAAGCUGUUCAGCUGCGGCCAGUGCCCGCGCGUGUUCAAGCACCGCAACAGCCUCCAGUACCACGCGCUGAGCCACGCGGGCACGCGCGCGCACGCGUGCACGCACUGCGGGAAGCGGUUUUACACGCACCAGGCGCUUAAGGUCCACAUCCGCAUGCACAACGGAGACAAGCCGUACAAGUGCGACGAGUGCGGCCGCGACUUCCGCCAGUGGGGGGACCUCAAGUACCACAUGGUGUCUAUACACACGGAGAAGAAACACUACAAGUGUGAAUUCUGCGACAAGGAGUUCUCUCGCAAGUAUUCCCUCAGCGUGCACCGCCGCAUCCACACCGGCGAGAGGAAUUACAAGUGCGAGUACUGCCCCAAGACCUUCCGCGCCAGCUCCUACCGGCUGAGCCACAUGCGCACACAUACAGGGUACAAGCCGCACAAAUGCCCAGAGUGCGACAAGGGUUUCCGCGCCACGGCGGACCUGCGCCGCCACAUGACCACGCACGAGAAGAUGAGACUGAAACUGCAAGAGAAAAACAAAUUGAAGAACAAGGAACAAGAACAGAAAACAGAUGCAGAAGCGUCCCCCGAGACCAUCACACCCGAGGAUAUCAAAGUAGAAACUGAUGGUAAGAAAGAAACAACGGAAAAGGCGAAAAAAGAACCGGCUAAAUCUAAAAAGGCCGCAGCUAAAAAACAAUCACCGUCAGAUAAAGCUGAUCCACCUGAGAAGAAACCUCCAAGUAGAACACGAGCAAAGAAAGGCGCGCCGAAUGUCACAGUGAACCCUAAAAACAACGAACAAAUAUUCAAAAACACAGAAUUCGCUAACAACGUUGAAGCCUUCGAUGCGCAUGAGAUCAGUCCGCAGUUUAGUAAGUUCACUUUCAAUAAUGUCAACGAUCAUCAGAGUCAGGAAACGAUACCGUUUAGUAAAGUAAAAGACGCUAGUUUUAGUGAAAGAUUGCCUGAAGUUCGCGACUUUGCAACGCUGAAGCCGUCUUUAUUCCGCCCGAGUGACAGCGACGCUGACAAAAUGCCGUUCCUGACAGCCGCUGAAAAGAGAGAGAACACGGAUGGAAAGUUGACAGUGUUCACACAUGUCGAAGAUAAAUCCUCAGUAGUGUCGAAUUCUCAGAUGACAGAUGUUCGGUCGAGUGUAGAGUUUAGAGACAAUAGGAGUGAACUAACCGGGGACGCGAUAGAAAGCGGAUUUUUCGAUCGCUACGAAUCCACGUUUUAUAAUAUACCAGCGGUAUGAAAGAAGGCGUUUAAGAAAUAAUUCUCUACGACUCUAGACUAUCAUAAAUAGUCUCGACAAAACACUACAAUAUUGUUUUCUAGACAUUGUUUGUAACUGA